AGAGGCGCGAACCCAGGCGUCCUGGCUCCCCGCUCUAACGCUGUGGCUGGUUCCAGGGCCAGUCUCGAGCGAUGAUCGGGGCCGGGACCCCCGGAGGGGCUGUUUGAUCUGCGCCCCGGCCGCCAUGACCGAGUACAAGCUGGUGGUGGUGGGGGCUGGUGGCGUCGGCAAGAGCGCGCUCACCAUCCAGCUCAUCCAGAACCAUUUCGUGGACGAGUACGACCCCACCAUAGAGGACUCGUACCGGAAGCAGGUGGUGAUCGACGGCGAGACGUGCCUGCUGGACAUUCUGGACACAGCCGGGCAGGAGGAGUACAGCGCCAUGCGCGACCAGUACAUGCGCACGGGCGAGGGCUUCCUCUGUGUCUUCGCCAUCAACAACGCAAAGUCCUUCGAGGAUGUGCACCACUACAGGGAGCAGAUCAGCAGGGUGAAGGAUUCGGACGACGUCCCCAUGGUCUUGGUCGGUAACAAGUGCGACCUGCCCUCUCGGACGGUGGACACCAAACAGGCGCAGGAGCUGGCGAAGAACUACGGGAUCCCUUUCAUUGAGACCUCGGCCAAAACCAGGCAGGGAGUGGAGGACGCUUUCUACACGCUGGUGCGGGAGAUCCGGAAACACAAGGAGAAGAUCAGCAACGGGCGCAAGAAGAAAUGCUCCAAGAAGAAGUGCGUGAUCCUCUGAGGGACAGACUGGCGCGGGAGUGGCGAGGAUCCUUCCGCCCCCAACCCUUCCCCUCCUGAGCCCUUUUGGUUUGUAAACUCCAGCAGCGCAGCGUCCAGCAACAUCCUGAUGCUUGGUUGGCUUUGGAGCAGCCGGGAGGAGAAGGCAGCAGAGACUAGGAUGUGACUCUCUUUUGGUUUCGUGGUUCCAUUCGUCCCUGAAGCUCCAACUAAAAAGAAGUUUCAAAACUGCACCGAUCUACCCUACCCCCUGACGUCGGCCCAGAGACGCCCUUCGUUUUGCUGGCUGUUUUUCAUAGGAGAAGGAAACAUCCCCUGGAACGACUGUAGACAGAAGCGCGGGCAGCAAAAUCCCAUGAGCUGAGGGGUUGUAAUUCCUCCCUGUCCGAUCAAACACCAGGCUGUGGUAACACAGAUACUAGUGCGGUUGAAUCUCUGGUCCCGUUAGCAGCUAUCCGCAGCCCUCUGGUUUGCUCUCCAGUUGGAGAGCAGGUCUUCACCGGGACAAGAACAGCUGUGCCACCUUAGCGCACAACCUGUGGGCACGAUGGAGGGAGAGGGUAAUUUGCUCCCCAGAGAAAUAAGAGCGUCCAGGCCGAGUGCAGUUUUGCAACAGCUGGAGGCUUUGUAAGUCCUGCAGUUAAGAAGGGUGCCAGGUUCUGGGGAUGGCCCCACUCCAUUGGCAUACCUGGUGGGUGGGAAGCCAGGGACCACGGUGGGGUUUGGGUCCCUCAGAGCAGAGAGGUAAGAAGGUCAAUAGCUGUGUUUUGAGGGUAGUGAUAGAUUGGGGUCACCCUCUGUUCCUCUCCUGCUGUUUUGGCUGUUCCUGGGAAAUCUGUGUAAGUUUUGGUGAUUGGGAGAGGAGCAGGCGACUCGUGGAAAUGGCUCAGCUGUGUAUGGAUGUUCUGUUUCUGGGCCCCCCCACUGAAAGGCAUUUCUCCCCCGAUGCGCUGUGCAGAGAAUGGGAGCUGCAAAUAAACCAGUGAAGAAGUUAACCCA